GUCCCGUUGAAUAGAGGCUUUGGCGUGGUGGGCGGGACUUCCGGCACCCCUUUUAUUUUUUUCCUCCCUAUUUCCGGCGAGGUACGGAAGACUAAUUCCGGUACUGAGUCCUCCGAGGGAGCCUCCCUCUGCACGUGCUCCGGAGAUGUCCACUCUGGCUGCCGCCAGCUGUGACUCCGACUCCUCGGGGAAAGCGGCGGAGAAGAAGCCGCUGAAGCCGUGCUGCGCAUGCCCGGAGACGAAGAAAGCCCGGGAUGCCUGCAUCAUUGAGAAAGGAGAAGAACACUGUGGACAUCUAAUUGAAGCUCACAAGGAGUGUAUGAGAGCCCUGGGAUUCAAAAUAUGAAUGAAAGAAGAAAUAGAGUAUGGAUGGCAAGUGCUAGGUUGUCCGGUGUUGGAAGAAUAGUUCCUAAGGAAUGAAUAAGAUUAAAUUAUUUGGGGGCUUUUUUGAAGAAUAAAAUUCUUAUAUGCAUAAAUAUUUAUUAUGUCUUUAAACAAUAAAAUAUAUACCCAUCUGGUAAAAA